AUGGUCAAAACUCAAGCGGAGGCGUUGCGUCUGUACCGAGCGAUUUAUCGGGCAGCCGGAAAGAUGCCAACUCGUGACCGGACAAGUUACGUACGCCGCCGUUUGCGCCAUGAGUACGACAACAUGCGCGAAGAGAAGAAUCCGGAAAGAAUUCGAUUUUUCCUUCGCCUCGCGGAAACGCAGCUGGAGACAGUGCAAGUUCAAGCUGAGCAUUUAACAUCGACAUUUUCAAGUCCAGACUAUCAUUGCUGA